AUGGCUGAUCGUCACCUUCAGGCUAGUUCUCCAGAAAGUUUAAUAAGUGAUCAACUCAGUUUCAUCCAAAAUAUAAUAGAUGGGCUAUCCGAAGAGGGGCGAGACGAGAUUCGCAAAGUUAAAAAACAUUAUAAAGAUCUUAUCAAAGACCAAUAUCAUUUUCGCACAAAAAUUAUUACCGAGAUUCCAAAUUUCUGGCAAAUCGUCUUGAUUAAUCAUAGCGUCAUUCGAAAGAUUAUCACCAAGGAAGAUAAAGAAGUUCUCGCUUUCUUGCACGCUGUUGAGGUAGAAGAGUAUGAAGACAAGAUUAACUCUGGGUACAAAAUUAACUUUUACUUCCUUGAAAACAGAUGGUUCACCAACCAUUGCCUCACUCGGGAGUACUUGUUUAAAGAGAGUCAAAAUUCUAUUGUCAACGUACCAACAAUGAGAUGGAAUAAAGGCAUGUGUCUGUUUGAUAAUGGAAAGGACGUAGAUGAAGAAGGUUACUCAAAUCGAUCUGGUUUCUUCUCUUGGCUUCAGUUCGAACGCAAAGCUGUCGGAGACACUAUUGGUGUUUAUAUCAAGGAAGAACUUUGGCCUAACCCCUUUAAAUACUACUUUAAUUCUGAUCCCAACCCAAGUGAACGUGGCGCCUGCAAGGGAAUGAGAGUUUUGAAUACCUUGCGGUUCCGGCUUCAGUUUCAAGUGGAUAUGGCUUCUCAACCUAAGAAGGCUCGCACUGAAAACGAUAUUCCUGAUAAUGCACCUAACGUUGAUCAUGCUGUCUUGGAGAGCGUCGACGCUGUCCAAGAAGCGAUCGACAGCCUAAACAAAAAGGCCAGUGUUGAAAUACUUAAGGUUGAACAAAAGUACAACAAACUCCGCAAACCUCACUAUGAACAUCGAGCUCGACUUCUUGCCAAUAUCCCCGCUUUCUGGCAGAGUGUCUUUAUCAAUCAUAGACAUAUGCGCAGACUAGUUACUGAGGAUGAUCAAAAAGUUCUUGCUUUCUUACGAGCUGUGGAAGUCCAAGAAUUCGAAGAUAUUACAUCUGGAUACAAAAUUAAUUUCUUCUUUGAUGAAAAUGAUUGGUUCACCAAUGAUUGCCUCACACGUGAAUACCAUGUCGGCGCAAAGGGUGAGCCCAUUGUUACCGCCACUAAAAUCAACUGGAAGCCGGGCAUGUGUUUGUUUGAUAAUCCAGAUAACGGUAAAAAACACAAUGUUGAUGAUGAAGUGCAAGAACGAUCCGGUUUCUUUACCUGGUUUGAGUUCGAAUGCAAUGCGGUCGGUGAUGUAAUUGGCGAUUACAUUAAGGACGAACUCUGGCCUAAUCCUCUUCAAUAUUUCUUGAAUCCUGAGCCUGAUUCUGACGAUGAGGUAGAUGAAGAUCUCUUAGACGAGGAAGAUAGCCAGGAAGAAGAUGAGGAAGAGGUGGAUGACGAUGCUGAUCAGGAGGGUUAUGAUGAUGGGGAGGGCGAAGACGCCGAUGAUAAAGAGUAA